AUGUGCAGUAUGAAAUAUUUUCGUUACUAUCGUAGUUGGAGAACGUUACCAAGUAGACGUGGACUUACACCAAAUUUUGAGGAAGGAGUUAAAGGGUUUAUCACGUGGGCAUUUGCACAAGAAUGUUGUCGACGUGAAGGAGGAGUAAGAUGUCCUUGUCUUAAAUGUGAAUGUAGACCUAUAAUUGGUGAUCCAGAGGAAGUAAAACGUCAUUUGAAGAGGAAGGGUUUCAUUAAAAAUUAUUGGGUUUGGACAUAUAAUGGAGAACAACUGCCGAGUAACGUACAUGCAGAGACAACUAAUAAACACGCAUCAAGCAGUCAAUCACAUAUGGAAUUUGAGGAACAAUUUAAUCUGAUUAAUGAUAUGGUUGGCAAUACAUUUGGAGUAAAUGUGACAUAUAAUGAACCUCAAGAUUUUGAUGGGGAAGAGUUGUCGAAUGAGGAAGCACAAAGAUUUUUCCAAUUGUUGAAAGAAAUGAAUACAUCGUUGUUUGAGGGGUCGACGGAUUCAAAAUUAUCAAUGUGUGUGAGAUUAUUGGCCGCAAAGUCAAAUUAG